AUCAUCAUCAGCAUCAUCAUCAUCAGUAUCAUCAUCGCCACCACCACCGCCACCGUGAAGAUUUCACGAUGGCUCCGCUCGCCGUAGGCGCUCUGGCGGCAGGAGGCGUCACCUUGAUGCUGCCUCCCGUGCCUCCACUCGUCCAGUACCGCGACCAUCUCCUGCUGGUCCCACCUCAAGAUGUCCAACACCACCACCAACACCACCACCAGCAGCAACAACAACAACAUCAUCAUCACCAUCAGAAGCAGAAGAAAAGCCAUCACAACAACAACAACAACCGCCACCAGCAGCAGCAUCACCACCAUCAUCACCAUCAUCAGCACAACAACAACAACAACAGGAGGAGGUUCGAGGAGGACAAAGUGGAGCAGGGAGCUGGUGUCUCUUCUCUGGGCGCCCUGCUGGGCCUCAGCGACGUGUCGCACUUGCAGGGCGGCGUGAUCAGGAGGCGGCAGCUCUACUGCCGCACGGGACAUCACCUCGAGAUCCUCGCCAACGGAACCAUACGUGGGACUCGCAGGGACCACAGCAGAUUCGGCAUACUGGAGUUCUUCAGCAUCGCCGUGGGCCUGGUGAGCAUCCGUGGGGUGGACACCGGCAGAUUCCUGGCCAUGAACGACAGAGGGGAGCUCUAUGGAGCGACGCAGCUGAGUGCGGAGUGCGUCUUCAAGGAAGAGUUCGAGGAGAACUGGUACAACACUUACUCCUCCAGCCUCCACCGACAGCGGCCGAGUGGGAGGCGCCUCUACCUGGCGCUCAACCGAGACGGCAGCGCGCGCGACGCCACGCGGACGCGACGCACGCAGCGCUUCGCGCACUUCCUGCCCAGACACGUGGCGCAGCAGCCUCAGCAGCGGCAGCGG